AUGGGAGGUGACGCCAUGCCAGAAGAUGCUGCGUUUCAGGCAGAGGACUGGAACGAAGAAGAGCUGAUUGAACAGUGGGCCAACGAAGGAGACGAGGACGCUGCAUUGGUCAUGGAAUAUGAACAGUCGAUGUUGGACGCCAUCCAGGACGACGCCGACUUAGCACUGUCGUCAACGACCUAUGCUGAAGCCCGCAAGAGAUUGGCAGAUCGUGUGAAGAAUCGUGGAUUCUGGCCUUCGAGCGGUGCCAAGGGAAAAUCCCGUGGCAAGGGCUGGGAGAAGGGCAAAAAGGAUCGCGGACGAUCGUCAGAGGCCAAUACGGCCAUGGCUCCCACGCUAGUGACCUUGGAGGAAGGGAUUGAUGCCCUUCCCCUGGAGUUUCUUGAGCUUCCAGAAGAGCCCAUCGCGACU